UUUGGUGAACAUUUCCCAGGUGCCCUCUGUGUGCCGGCUCCUGCGGGCACUGGCGUUAACGCAGUCAACAGGACAGACAAGGACCUUAAAGACUUGACCUGCUGAAGGAUGUGAUUGUUCAGGACUUUGCAGGUGGAGCUUGUGCCACCGGAGCUGCCCAGGGCAGGGAGUGCCGUGAGCAGGGAGUGGACGCUGCCUUGAAUCUGGAGGGAAGAGGUGACGCGGGCAGCAGGAAUGAGCCAUCCUGAGCACAAGCUGAACCUUCGGCCCCUGGGCACCCCCAGAGGUGUGUCCUCUGUGGGUAGCCCACGUGGUAUUGCUGCUUCCCCAGGUGACAAGAAGUCGAAGGUCAAGUGCACACGAGGGAAGAAGAGCAUAUUCGAAGCCUACCUGUCCCGUGAAGAAGCUUCCGAAGGCCUGAAGAGAGGGACGCUGAUCCAGGGUAUAUUGAGAAUUAAUCCAAAGAAGUUUCAUGAAGCUUUUAUUCCUUCCCCGGAUGGUGAUCGAGACAUUUUCAUUGAUGGGGUCAUUGCCCGAAACAGAGCCUUGAAUGGGGACCUGGUGGCCGUGAGACUGCUCCCUGAGGAGCAGUGGAAGGUAAUUAAACCAGAGAGCAAUGACAAAGAAGCAGAAGGCGCCGAUGAGUCAGAUCUCCCGGAGGAGCUGUGUGGGCACCGGCUUCCACAGCAGACUGUGAAAAACGGCAACGAUGGGCCUGAUGUCGUUCUGGAGGCCCCACUUGGGGACAGUGACUCAGAAGAGGGGCACGGCAGCACACACGCUAUGCUGAUUGACGGUGUCAAGAUGCUGUCAGUUUGCAGCUCUGGAGGAGGCGAAGAGCAUGCUGGCACACCAGAUAGAAAAGAGGAGAGCACCUCCACAGCCCCAGACACAAGAGCGGUGUCGGAGAAGGCGCUGCAGAGAUCAGCGAAGGUGGUCUACAUCCUGGAGAGGAAACAUUCCCGCGCAGCCACCGGCGUGCUCAAGCCCUUGGCUGAUAGGAACAGUGAGCUCUUCAGGAAGUACGCCCUGUUCUCGCCGACAGACCACCGAGUGCCCAGGAUUUAUGUCCCUCUCAAGGACUGUCCUCAGGACUUUGUGAGCCGGCCGAAGAACUACGCCACCACGCUUUUCAUCUGCCGCAUCGUGGACUGGAAGGAGGACAGCAAUUUUGCCUUGGGGCAGCUGGCUAAGAGUCUUGGGCAGGCAGGUGAAAUCGAGCCGGAAACAGAAGGAAUCCUAACAGAGUAUGGCGUGGAUUUCUCUGAUUUCUCUUCAGAAGUUCUAGAAUGUCUCCCUCAGCAGCUGCCCUGGACAGUACCACCAGAGGAGUUCACCAAGAGACGAGAUCUCAGAAAAGACUGUAUCUUCACCAUUGACCCAUCAACUGCCCGAGACCUCGACGACGCCCUCUCCUGCAAGCCACUCGCUGAUGGCAACUUUGAAGUGGGAGUCCACAUCGCUGACGUGAGCUACUUUGUUCCUGAGGGAUCUGAACUGGAUAAAGUUGCUGCUGAGAGAGCCACAAGCGUCUACCUGGUUCAAAAGGUGGUUCCCAUGCUGCCCCGACUGCUGUGUGAGGAGCUGUGCAGCCUCAACCCCAUGACUGACAAGCUGACUUUCUCUGUGAUCUGGACGCUGACCCCAGAGGGCAAGAUCCUGGACGAGUGGUUUGGCCGGACCAUCAUCCGCUCCUGCACCAAACUGAGCUACGACCAUGCCCAGAGCAUGAUUGAAAACCCAGCUGAGAAGAUCCCAGAGACAGAGCUGCCCCCCAUCUGCCCAGAGCACAGCAGCGAGGAGGUGCAACGGGCUGUCCUGAACCUGCACAGCAUCGCCCAGAAGCUGCGCCAGCAGCGCUUCGUGAACGGCGCGCUCCGUCUGGAUCAGCUAAAGCUUGCCUUCACCCUGGACCACGAGACUGGAAUGCCUCAAGGAUGCCACAUCUAUGAGUACCGCGACAGCAACAAGCUUGUGGAGGAGUUCAUGCUGCUGGCCAACAUGGCAGUGGCCCACAGGAUCCACCGGGCCUUCCCCGACCAGGCCCUGCUGCGCCGGCACCCCCCACCCCAGAGCAAGAUGCUCAACGACCUGGUGGAAUUCUGCGAGCAGAUGGGGCUCCACGUGGACGUGGGCACCGCGGGCGCCCUCAACAAAAGUCUGACCAAAACUUUUGGAGAUGACAAGUACUCACUGGCCCGGAAGGAAGUGCUCACCAACAUGUACUCUCGGCCGAUGCAGAUGGCGCUGUACUUCUGCUCGGGGAUGCUGCCUGACCCGGAGCAGUUCCGGCACUAUGCCCUCAACGUGCCCCUCUACACACACUUCACCUCCCCCAUCCGCCGCUUCGCUGACGUCAUCGUGCACCGGCUGCUGGCAGCCACGCUUGGCUACAAGUCGCUGCCCGACGUGGAGCCCGCUGUUCUGCAGAAGCAGGCUGACCACUGCAAUGACCGCCGCAUGGCGUCCAAGCGCGUGCAGGAGCUCAGCACCAACCUCUUCUUCGCCGUUCUGGUCAAGGAGUGUGGCCCCCUGGAGUCAGAGGCCAUGGUGAUGGGUGUCCUGAACCAAGCAUUCGACGUGCUGGUGCUGCGCUUCGGGGUGCAGAAACGUGUCUAUUGCAAUGCCCUGCCCCUGCGGUCCCACCACUUCCAGAAGGUGGGCAGGAAGCCGGAGCUCACGCUGGUCUGGGAGCCCGAGGACCCCGAGCAGGAGCCGGUGCAACAGGUCGUCACAGUCUUCAGCCUGGUGGAGGUGGUCCUGCAGGCAGAGGACGCGGCCCUCAAGUACAGCGCCCUGCUGAAACGGCCAGGCGCCGACACCUGCCAGGGCCCGCCACCGGAGGAUGGUGCCAGCCAGGACGGAGACGACCACGAUGGCCAUGGCGGCCACGACCAGGCCUGAGCC